AUGGCAGGGACUGUGUACUUGAGAACCAAUUGCUUUGAGGUUAAACUUGAAGGCAUAACCUUCAAAACGAAGGAUUUUGAAUCUCUGUGCAUGAUGGAUUUUCUCUUCCCAGAUGGAAAGAUUUGGGCUAGUCCGCCUGUAGUUGGCCUCAAUGUUAUGCCUCACCCACGCGAUCCAUUCAUUCUGCUGAUGCUAUUGUGUUUUGGUGUUGGUUGUGUGAUCCUCAGGUUUCACACUGGGGAACCAUUGCCUGCUCCAAUCCGCAAAUUUCUGACCGAUGAGAGAAUUCAUUUUGUGGGCUUUGGAAUUCCUGAGAAGAAAGAUUUGUUCCCAUUUGAAGAAUUGGGAUUGACUAAAAGCAAAGUAGAUGUUGGUUAUCUUGCUGCCAAAAUUCUCAAAGAUUCCAAAUAUAAAAGAUGGGAACUAGCAGAAUUAGCGCGUAAAGUUCUUGGGAUCAAGAGAAUGAUAGGAUUGACAGAGGCUUCAUCUUUUGAGAGACACGAGCAAAUCAAAUGUGCAAUCUGUCAACUUUUCAUUACCAGCACCAUUGCCAUGGGAUUGAUUGCUGACUCUGGAACUGAUUAA